AUGUCCGCGCCACUGAGCCAAGAACUCCGCGGCCAGCACAACAUCCGGAGCAUCCCGCUGCGCAAAGACGACGAGGUCCUCAUCACACGGGGUUCGAACAAGGGCCGUGAGGGCAAGAUCACAUCCGUCUACCGCCUGAAAUACGUCAUCCACGUCGAGCGCGUCUCCCGCGAGAAGUCCAACGGCCAAUCCGUCCCCAUCGGCAUCGCACCCUCCAAGGUCGUCAUAACGAAGCUCAAGAUGGACAAGGAUCGGGAGUCGAUCAUCGAGCGGAUAGCGAAGGGCCGGGAGCUGAACAAGAAGAAGACGCAGAAGGCCGAGGCAUAA